AUGGCGACGGGGCAGGUGCUCUUCCAUCGGUUUUUCUAUUCCAAGUCCUUCGUCAAGCACAGCUUCGAGAUUGUUGCCAUGGCCUGCAUCAAUCUCGCCUCCAAAAUCGAAGAGGCGCCCCGUCGCAUAAGGGACGUGAUCAACGUGUUUCACCACCUGCGUCAGCUAAGAGCCAAAAGGACUCCAAGCCCCCUGAUACUUGAUCAGAACUACAUAAACACCAAAAACCAAGUAAUCAAAGCAGAAAGGAGGGUACUGAAGGAGUUGGGAUUUUGUGUUCAUGUCAAGCACCCGCAUAAGAUCAUUGUCAUGUAUUUGCAAGUCUUAGAAUGUGAACGUAAUCAAACCCUGGUACAGACAGCCUGGAAUUACAUGAACGACAGCCUUCGAACAAACGUGUUUGUUCGCUUUCAGCCGGAGACUAUAGCGUGUGCGUGCAUUUAUCUCGCUGCUAGAGCUCUGCAGAUUCCACUGCCUACCCGUCCUCACUGGUUCUUGCUCUUUGGCACCACAGAAGAGGAGAUUCAGGAGAUCUGCUUAACAACUCUCAAGCUCUAUACCAGAAAGAAGCCCAAUUAUGAGUUCCUGGAUAAAGAGGUAGAAAAGAGGAAAAUGGCACUACAGGAAGCUAAACUGAAGGCAAAAGGUUUAAAUCCGGAUGGAACUCCAGCACUCUCAACACUGGGUGGCUUUUCUCCUGCAUCCAAACCAUCUUCCCCCAGAGAAGUGAAAACCGAGGAGAAGACUCCAGUGUCUGUGAACACCAAAACUGUUAAAAAAGAGCCGGAAGAGAGGCAGCAAGCUUCCAAGAGCCCUUACAACGGCCUGAGAAAAGAAAGCAAGAGAAGUAGGAGCAGCAGGAGUGCCAGUCGAUCUCGGUCAAGAACAAAGUCACGGUCUCGGUCGCACACCCCUCGGCGGCAGCCGCACCUCAAGCCCAAGCACGGCAGGGAGGAGCUGAAGGGCGCAAAUCGGCACGGUCACAAGAGGAAAAAAUCCCGUUCCCGGUCGCAGAGCAAAUCCAGGGAUCACUCCGACGCUGCCAAGAAGCACCGGCACGAGCGGGGACACCACAGGGACAGGCGCGAGCGAUCCCGCUCCUUCGAGAGGUCGCACAAAGGCAAACACCACGGCAGCGGCCGCUCGGGCCACGGCAGGCACCG